UUCUGUAAUUCAUUUUUUGCGUCACGAAGAUCACAUCACAUCACAUCAGUCGUUUCAUGUCCUCACAGCCUCAAGUUCUUUCACCUCUUUGCUUAAGCUUUGAAGAACCAAUAGAGUGUUUUAAAAGACGAAGAAAAUAAAGGAAUAUCAUAUAGUCAGCCAUGGAUGUUCUUAGAGCUGCUCCUGCUAUUUGUCCUUUACCAUUCAUUCCAACAGCAGUAACAAGAAACAAAACCCAGCUUCCUAAAUCCAUCUUUCACAAUUUAAACUUAAAAUUACCAGCUCUUACAAGAAAUGGAUCGAAAUCCAGGUUGUUUAUGACCUUAUCAUCGACCCCAUCAUCAACAAUGGAGUCCAUCGAGCCACCUAUGCCGGAACUUGAGGCCGACGGUCUCGAGGAAGAGAGAUUCGAUUGGUACUCACAGUGGUACCCGGUGAUGCCAGUAUGUGAUUUGGAUAAGAGGGUGCCCCAUGGUAAGAAGGUAUUGGGACUUGAUCUAGUGGUGUGGUGGGAUAAGAAUGAGAAUGAAUGGAAAGUGUUUGAUGAUACUUGUCCUCAUAGAUUAGCUCCUUUAUCUGAGGGAAGAAUUGAUCAAUGGGGGAGAUUACAGUGUGUGUACCAUGGUUGGUGCUUUAAUGGCAAUGGUGAUUGCAAAAUCAUUCCUCAAGCUCCCUUAGAUGGGCCCCCGGUCCAUACAUUGAAGAAAGCAUGUGUGGCUGUUUAUCCAAGUGUUGUUCAACAUGAUAUUGUAUGGGUUUGGCCAAAUGCUGAUCCUCAAUACAAAGAUAUUAUAACAAAGAAAAAGCCUCCUUACAUUCCUGAGUUGGAUGAUCCUUUGUUUUCAAGGCAGAUGGGAAAUAGAGAUUUUCCUUACGGGUACGAGUUCUUGAUUGAAAAUCUUAUGGAUUUUGCUCAUCUUCCAUAUGCACAUUACGGAAUAAUGGGCACUCCGACCCCUAAGGUUAGUCCAGGUAAUAGUAGAUUGAUUUGGAUUUUCCUAAGAAAAUUUGGUGUCUGGAUUGACCAAAUUGUUCCAAGAUGGAUGUUUCACAUUGGAGUAAACUUGGUUCUUGAUUCUGAUUUGUAUCUUCUUCAUGUUGAGGAGCGUAAGAUAAUGGAAAUUGGGGCUACCAAUUGGCAAAAAGCUUGUUUUUUGCCUACAAAGUCAGAUGCUACGGUGGUUGGCUUCCGGAGGUGGUUCAACAAGUAUGCCGGCGGUGAGAUUGACUGGAAAGGGAAGUAUAGUGGAACUCUUCCUCCAUCCCCUCCUAGAGAACAACUGAUGGACAGGUAUUGGAGUCAUGUAGUGAAUUGUAAGAGUUGUAAUUGUGCAUACAAAGGUCUCAAGGCACUCGAAGUAAUGCUGCAAAUCAUGUCGAUUAUCUUGAUUGGCAUCAUUGCUGUAACAAAGCAGAAGAUGAUGUCAAUGGUGGCUACAACAACAAUUGUAUCAAUGGCUAUCAUUUGCUUUGCAGCUUCCAAAUGGUUGGCUCAUUUCAUCUACAAGAACUUCCAUUACCAUGGUUAUAACCAUGCCUUUCGUUGAAAGAUUUUGUGUGUAAUUUGAUGAGAAUAUGACACCCUUUACUUUGUAUGCAGGGUAAAAUCUAGUAACACUUUUUUUUUCCUAUACCAACAAUGAUUAGAAAUUUUAUUAAAAAAGAGUUAAAAAAUCAUUUAGCUAUUAAAA